AUGUCUGACAUCACGAAUUGUUUGCGUGGUAAUGUCAGUGCUAGUGAAAUAAGUCCAAGAUCCAGUACUAGUAUGCAUGAGAUGGGUUUUGGUCGUUCAGUUGCUUGGCUUGAUGAUCAAGGCACACUCGCUGUACUCGUGUACAAGUCGAAAAAUCAAACUUGGUCAGAAUCCGAAAUACAUGUAUUUAAAAAUGUUUCAACAUAUUCGAAUAUUGAUGGUGAUCAACCUGACUUUAUUCUUCCUAAUAAUCAACAAACGUUUCUACCGUUACCGAAAACAUCUUUUCUUCUUAUUCUUGCACACUCAAAAAACUUGUUAAUCUUCCGUGACGACCGCAAAUAUCUUUAUAUACCGUUCACCGACGCAGGAAGCCUUCCUACGCUCAUCGAAAAGAAUUGCGAAGCAUGCGUUCUAAAACCGAAGCCAUUUGGUGCCGUAUUUUUCACUGUUAAACUUUGCUGUUGGCCUAUUUUCCAACUACUUCUAGCAUUUCACGAGAAUCUUCUCGAAAAUGAUUUACAAACGAAUCUCACACAAGCAACUAUCUACCCUACUUUACAACCGCUACGAACACCUGAAUUAGAACUGCGACUCAUAGAAGAGAAUGGAAAUACCCUUUCAAAUGAAAAUUUGGUAUGGAACCUGGCAAAUAAGACAGAUCCAAACCUUCAACGAUUUUAUCACACAACGAAUGCUCGAAAAGCAUCAACAGAGUCUAUAACAAUUGAACCAUCAGGAUCUUCAUCAUCCCAACUGAUCACCCAAUAUCCUCUACAGUCGACAAUGGGAUCAACCGUUGGAACUACUCUUUUCUCCAAUCAUUCGGACGUUGAACAUUUACUUGAAUACUUCAACAAACGGCUUGAUGCAAGUACUGAUCAAAUAGAGCAAAAUUUUUCGAUAUCACCGCCACACUCCGAUGGAAUAAAUCAUUUACAUCGUGAUGAUGAUUUACGAGCAGUUAUCAUUGCUUCAUGUACAUCAACAUCAAUAAGAUGUUUUGUAAGUGAUACAACUGAAUAA